GACGCGAGUGUGUUCCACCCAAGCUGGUUGCGUUGUUGCUAACAUGUCGGUUUUGGUUUAAAGACAGUAAUACGCGUUGUACUCAUUUAUUGAAAUGGCAUCUGAAAUGUUUAGACCUCGAACCGAAACACAAGAUAAAGAUGAGCAGAAUCCAUCUGGAAGACACAGUCCUGAAUGGUCUCGACCAAACAUGUCCAUGAGAAGAAUGGUGCUGGUAGGAAGGACUGGAGCUGGGAAAAGCUCUUCAGGGAACACAAUCUUUGGCCGGAGAGUCUUCAGAGCAGCCAAAAGUGCUUCAUCUGUUACUAAAGAGUGCUGGAAGGAGACCGGAGAGGUGGCUGGCCAUCAGCUGGCCCUGGUGGACUGUCCUGGUCUCUUUGACACUUCACAGUGUGAGAUAGAGCUUGUAAGAGAGAUCAGUAAGUGUGUGAACAUGACGGCACCUGGACCUCACGCUAUCAUCCUGGUCAUUCGGCUUGGUCCAUUCACGGAGGAGGAAAAAAUGUCAGUGGAAAAGAUCAGGACAAUAUUUGGACAGGAAGCAAAUAAACAUACAUUCAUCCUCUUCACUCACGGUGAUGAACUGACCGAAAGCAUUGAACAGACACUGAGCGAAGCGCGACAUGAUUUAAAACACAUCAUAGAUUUAUGUGGAGGACGAUAUCAUGUGUUUGACAAUACAAACAUUCAAGAUCGCAGUCAGGUUGUAGAGUUUCUGGAUAAAGUUGAUGACAUGUUGUUAAUGAAUGAUAAUAUGUAUUACACCAGUGCCUUGUUUCAUGGUGUGGAAGAAAAGCUUCGGGAUAAAGAGGAAGAGGUUAAGAAACAAUACAGUCAGAUAAUCCUACACUUUAUAGAGGAGUUUAAUAAAGUAAAGACAGAACUGCAGGAGGAAAUUAAGAAACUUCAGAAAUCUGGCCAGAAAAAAGAUUUGAGAAUUAAGGAGUUGGAGUUGUUGUUGAAAAAGAAGGACAGAUGUUUGGCAGAGCAAAAACGUUUUUAUAAGCAGAAAUCCAAUGCUGCCAGACAAGAAGUAGAAGAGACAGAAAUUAAUGUAAACAUACCAAAGGAUGUCAGCACUAACCUACGAAAGCUUUGUAUCUGAAAUUAGAGGUCAGCCAAUAUGUUUUUAGGGCUGAUGUCUAUACCGAUUAUUGAGUAGACAGAUAACCAAUAUUUUGAACCAAUAUUUGUUUUGUGUAAAAAUGAAAAUUAAUGUAAAAAUUAAUAACAACACAGGCUUUGACAAAAACUUUCAAUGUUUUUAAAAAAAUUUCGGUAAAACUUUACAAUAAGGUUUAUUAGUUAAUAUUAGUUAACUUAACAUUAGUCAACAUGAACUAAUAAUGAACUGCAUGCAUACAGCAUUUAUUAUUAUUUGGUAAUGUAAAUUUCAGCCAUUACUAAUACUUUAACGUUAAAAAGAUUUUCAUAAUGCAAUGUGAACUAACAUGAACAAAUAAUGAACAGCUUUAUUUCUCUUUAUUUCUAUAAUUCUACUAAGAUUAACAAAUAUUAAUAAAUACUGUAACAAAUGUAUUGCUAAUGGUUUGUUCAUGUUGGUAAAUACAUUAACUAAUGUUAACUAAUG